CAGAACUCUAAUUAUUUCCGAAGUCUUGUUGUCAUAUAUUUCAGUUUUGUUACCUGCAAGUGUAAACAUGCUAUUAAGUAAAGAAAUAGUUAAGGGCGUCUCGAGAUUGUCGGAGAUUGAAGCUGGCGUGUUGUUGUUUAUGUUGUGCGUGGUUGUGUCACAUGGCCAGCGACUGUGCCCGCCCGGGACGUACUGGGACACGGUCAUUGACAAAUGUGACUCGUGCUAUUCUAUUUGCCACAUGGCUGAGAUACAGGGCACUGUUGGCACGUGUAAGAAGAAAUGCCCAGGAUUUUUAAAGCCAGUAAAUGACAGUACGAAAAUACGUAAACAUGACGAGCAUCAUGUGAACUAUGAUCCACCCUUGAUCAAAUCAGGUGGUAUGUCUGCCGGACUGAUUGCCUUUGUGUGUAUUGCAUGUGUUGCUGUGGGAGCAGCGUUAGUGGGGCUUCUUAUAGUCUGGAGGUCUCGCACGAAAAAAAAAGAAAUGAAGAAAUACCCAAUUCAAGCGGAGGAUCGAACACCCUACCCUGGGCCUGGACCAGAACAGCAGACACUGGUGUGAAUUCGGUGUGUGGUGCUUUAACAAGAACGAAUAGCCAGCACAAUUAUGGUAAACGUCUGAACUUAAAGAGAAGGAAGGCUGUUUGUUUAUGACACUUAAAGAAAGAUACUGUCAGUGUACUCUGACGGUGCGCCACAUUUAGGUGGAGUAUAAGCAUCUUAAAGAAACUCGAAAAGAUAUAUUUAGACCACGAAAUGUGAUGGAAUCAUUUCGAUUCCAUCCAGAAUUUGUAUAAAAAUGUCUUCGAGACACUGAUUUUUAUUCUUAUUCAUUUUUUUUUUAUUUUUUUUUUCUCCCUCUCAUGUAUAUACUUCUCUUUGAAUAUUUAAUUGUUUUGUAUAUUCUUGUAAUAGUUGUAG